AUGUGCUGGUGUUUCAGCUUUGGUCUUUCAAGCAAGAAGAAGCGUCAGAGCUCGUCAUCGUCGGGUGAGAAGAAGAGGAGGGAUGUACCUGACGAGCCACUCCAUGGGAAGGGCAAGACAGUUGUCGCAGAGGUCUCUGAGAAGCGUAGAUCGAGUGAGACGCAUAGGAAGAGAAGGACAGGAGAAAGCACGAGUCCGCGCUCAUCGCGGCGUGAGAAGGAAGAGCAUCGUCCGAGGACGCAACAGUACCGCGAUGACACCUACCCAAGUCGUGAUUCGUACAGGCCGUCUUUGAAUGUCCAGGUGCCCGACAUGUGGCAUCGCUCAGUAGAGCCUGGAAGCACGAAUUCUUCGCAGGAAGCUUUGCUCAACCCGCGUCCUCACCGAAGCACACACCAGCGGCAACGGCACCCAAAACCCAUCGCUCGUCGCGUCAGCAUCGUUCUCCACAAACACCGUCUGAUAGCCCGACCCCACGCUCUCAGAAUCGUCGCAGAAGUUCACGUCAGCAUGAGCGCGACGCCUCCCCCUCGCGCCAAGCUCGUUCGCGUACGCCGAACACGACCGCUCGUCGCGUGCCUGAUCGACGCUUUGCUGUCCUCGCUGCCACUAAUCAAGCCCUUGAGAAUGUUCGAAGAGAAGCUUUCGCGCAGCCCUCGCCACCGCCGCGACGGGAUCGACUGA